AUGGGCUCGCGCUUUGAAGUCGUCCAGCAAGGUCCGCCGAUUGAGGUUUUUCAGCUCAACAAACUUUUUAUUGAUGACACAUUUAAAAAUAAGGUCAAUUUAACGAUUGGUGCAUACAGAGAUGAAAAUGGGAAACCAUGGGUGCUGCCUGUUGUACGCAAAACGGAAAAACAGAUGGCAGCUGAUGAAUCACUGCUGCAUGAAUACCUGCCAGUGUUGGGCUUGGAGCAGUUCUCGGCUGCGUCAGUAUCGAUGCUUCUCGGCGAAGACAACCCUGUCAUAGCGGAGGGUCGGGCGUUCGGAGUCCAAACGCUGUCGGGCACGGGGGGUCUCCGAGUGGGCGCUGAGUUUCUGAACAAACACCUCAAGUACACGACCUUCUAUUACUCCAGCCCGACGUGGGAGAAUCAUCACCUCGUGUUCGUCAACUCCGGCUUCACGCAGCCGCGCACUUACCGCUACUGGGACCCGAAGACGCGCGCGAUCGACUUCGAGGGUCUCAUCGAGGACCUCAAGAACGCGCCCGAGAACUCCGUGAUCCUGCUGCACGCGUGCGCCCACAACCCCACCGGCAUCGACCCCACCCACGAGCAGUGGGAGAAGAUAGCCGACGUCAUGGAGGAGCGCAAGCUGUUCCCGUUCUUCGACAGCGCGUACCAAGGGUUCGCGUCGGGCGACCUGGACCGAGACGCGUGGGCGGUGCGGUACUUCGUGGAGCGCGGCUUCGAGCUGGUGUGCGCCCAGUCGUACGCGAAGAACUUUGGACUUUACAACGAGCGCGUGGGCAACCUGGCGGUCGUGAUGUCCGACGCCCGUUGCGUGGCGCCGGCCAAGUCGCAGCUCACGUGGGUGGUGCGCGGGAUGUACUCCAACCCGCCGGCGCACGGCGCUCGCCUCGUCGCCACCGUGCUAUCAGACGCGCGCCUCUUCGACGAGUGGAGAAGUCACAUUAAGGAGAUGUCAUCGAGGGUCAUUCAAAUGAGAGAGGCCUUAAGAUCUGAACUAGUCAAGAAUGGGACACCGGGCAACUGGGACCACAUUGUGAAGCAGAUCGGGCUGUUUUCCUACACUGGGCUGACGCAGCGCCAGAGCGAGUACCUGAUCCAGGAGUACCACAUCUACCUGCUGCGCACCGGCCGCAUCAACAUCUGCGGCCUCAACCCCGGCAACGUGGAGUACGUGGCCAAGGCGAUCCACGAUGCUGUCACCAAGUUCCCCGCUGAACACACAUGGCCUAAAUUG